GUUGCUUGCAUUUGCAUCAACUGCCUUCCUUUUGUACCGGAUUUAGUGUAGGGACGUCUUAGCAUUUAAUCUGCAUUCAGUACUGUCGUACCGAACCAAGUCAUCUUGGCUUACUGGGUCGUCGCUUGCUCUCUGUUGUUUCUAGAGUGCUACUACUGCAUCAUGCGUGUUACUGGGGGAUAAAUUUGCGGUCUUUUAUGCCCCAAAAGGCGCCAUUUUUCAAUCGCUGUGAUUUCUUGAUGCCCCUCUCUUCUGGACUUGGUUCUCCGAUGGGGGCUGAAAGAUUGAGGCUCCGACGGAGGCUGAAAGAUUGAGGGGAUUGCUCGCCACAACCUGGUCAAUGAUAUGUGCUUUCUAUAAACCAAAUGUUGUCGUGUGAUUUGAUGGAUAAAUCAGAGUGAAGCAACCAAGUGGUUUUCAUCUUCGUUCAGUAUUCAGAUCACCAUCCAACUAUAAGCCCAGUCAGUAUAUUGUGUCUGAGCAAUGGUGCUGGGCCUCCGAACCAAGACGAAGAAGGAUGCCUCCAUCCAUGUAGACUUCAAUAUCUUCAUCCAAGAGAUCAGUCCAUGGCCCCCUUCUGAAUCCCUCAAGUCUUUGCGCUCUGCGGUUCUCUUUUGGGAAAAUGGUGAGCGCAAUUCAGGGAAGACCAACGCUGUUGCACCUUCAAUCGGAUCCGGUUCCACGGCGGGGAAAAUCGAAUUUAAUGAGUUCAUAAGCAUACAGGUGGUCUUUCAGAAGGAUGGGUCAUCCAAGAGUGGGAAGUGGCAGAAGAACUUGCUUGAAUUGAAUUUGUAUGAACCGAGGAGGGAUAAGCUGAAGGGACAACAUUUGGGGACUGCAACACUAGACUUGGCCGAGCAUGCAAUGUUUCAUGAGGACACUGCUAUUCCUGUGCCUCUCAACUCUAAGAGGAGCUUUAAGAAUAAUGCACACCCUAUGGUUUAUCUUCGUGUCCAACCUUUGGAUGGGGAUACAUCAAGCGUUUCCUCAACCUCAAGAGAUGCAUUAUCGAAAGAGGCAUCAGUUGAUAAGGAUUCAAAGGAAUUUAUGUCGGCAACAAUGAGCGAAGAGUACACUGAGGAUGCUGAAUUUGCCUCCUUCACUGAUGAUGAGGAGGAAGCUCCAUAUCCAUACCGUUCGGAUCGAAAUGUGCGUACAGGUAGUGCUAGAUCUCAGGACUCUCUCAAGGGGAAGGAUGUCAGGCUAGUUGGUAAUGAAUUCACCAGCUCAUCAUUGGAUUCCCAGCAUGAAAUCCCAUCUUCCAGUACAAAAGUGAGGAGUGAAGAAGUUGAAAAGCAUCCUAUUCAAAUCCACAAGGCAAGCGUCCAUCCAGGGACUAUGUCUCUUGCAUCAGAUUUUCCUGGCGAACAAUCUCCAUCUAUUCCACCAAACAGUGGUCUCAGAACUGGUCGUAAAAUGUCAUUUGCUUAUGGUACGACUGACUCCAACCAGAAAAACUUUGGUGAAAGAACUUAUAGCACUUUAACUAGUGAUAGAGCAAAGAAUAUGAGGUUCAGUAUGAGAGUUCCAGAUGUUAGUGGAAGCGCCAUAAAUAAGAAAGUUGAUUCCCAGAAGGAAGAAGUGAAGGAGGUUGAUUCCAAAGAUAUAUUGAUCUCUCAUGAUACAAAGGCCAGUGCUGAUAAUGGCAUGCAAGCCCAGGCGCCUAUACGCAUUUCAAAUAAUAGAAACGACAACAAAGUCCGAGAACUCGAACUUAAAGUUGAGUUGCUUGAAGCAGAACUGCGAGAAGCCGCUGCUUCAGAGAUAGGCCUUUAUUCUGUGGUUGCUGAACACGGUAGCUCAGCAAACAAGGUCCAUACACCAGCAAGAAGGCUCUCUAGGCAUUUUAUUCAUGCAUUUAAAAACUGGCCGAGAGAAAAGAUGGGGAGUGCAGCAAAGAGUGCUUCCUCUGGGCUGGUUUUGGUUGCAAAAGCUUGUGGAUACGAUGUUGCAAGGUUGAGUUUCUGGCUGUCAAACUGUGUGGUGCUGCGAGCAAUUGUUACUGAAAACUCGAAGCAGUCGGGCGUUGGGAAUGGCAUUAAUGCUGCUGAUUAUAAUUCCAAAACAACACCCAGGAAAAAUUCUGCAUCGAUGUGGGAGUCCCUUAAUAGGAAGAAAGGAAAAUUGCUUGCCCCUGAGUUUGAUAACUGGGAAGACAGUGACACGUUUAUAGCUGCACUAAAGAAGAUUGAAUCAUGGAUAUUCUCACGUAUUGUUGAAUGCAUUUGGUGGCAGGCAUUCACACCACAUAUGCAAUCUGCUUAUACAAGUAGUGAAUCAAAGACUGCUUCGAGUGCAAAGAAAUGCUACGGAAGAAUUACUGUUGUUGGCAAUCAGCAACAAGCAACCUUAUCAAUAGACAUAUGGAAGAAGGCUUUUAAACAAGCAUCAGAAAAGAUAUGCCCAGUAAGGGCAGCUGGACAUGAGUGCGGGUGUUUGCCUAUGUUAGCCAAAUUGGUGAUGGAGCAGUGUAUAGCUAGACUGGACAUAGCAAUGUUCAAUGCUAUUUUACGGGAGUCAGAAGAUGAGAUUCCGACAGACCCCAUGUCUGACCCAAUAACUGAUCCUAAGGUUCUUCCCAUCUCAAUUGGGAAAUUUAGCUUUGGUGCAGGGGUCCAACUGAAAAAUGCUAUCGGCAGCUGGUCCAGAUGCCUUACUGACUUGUUUGGUAUGGAUAUGGACGACUAUCCAGAAGUUGAUAAUGGGGAUGGUAAAAGUGGCAUUCCUGAAACUCACAAGCCAUUCUAUCUCUUAAAUGCAUUAAGUGAUCUCCUAAUGAUCCCUAAGGAUGUGCUCGUGGAAACCAAUACCAGGAAAGAGCUUUGUCCUACCUUUAGUUCAUCAAUCGUCAGGAGCAUACUUGAUGGCUUUGUACCGGAUGAAUUUUGCCCUGACCCAGUUCAAGAUUCUUUGCUUCAAGCACUAGAGUUGGAGGACCAUCUGGAGGACAGCGACAAGGGCAUACGAGCAGUCCCUUGCAGCGCCUCGCCCAUCCUGUACGGGUACCCUGCAUCCGGUGCAAUCCUAAGCAUCAUUGGCGAUCCGAGGAAGAGCGGGUCGGCAGUCCUUCGCAAGUCCAACACGAGUGACGAUGAGCUCGAUGAACUGAGCUCGCCACUGACCUUCGUGUCCAAGGCGCCACCGAACCCGCUCACCAAGCUGAAGCAGAUCGGCGGCGUGAACCCGGCGAGGUACAGGCUCCUCCAUGAGGUGUGGAAGCUGGAUGAUCAGUAGUGUGACCUGUUGGUUCUGAUUCCUGACCUGACCACUAUAUUUUAUUCUCACGUAAAUAGUAUCAGCUAGUACUUUUUUCUCCAUAUAUGAUUCCAGCUCAUGUGUAACCUAAUGUCACAAGCACCAGAGGGGGGAGAAGCCACACAGUUUCUUUAAUAAUACUGCUCCCUCCGAUACAUAUUAACUGUGUCAAAUUUUCUUAAAUAUGGAUGUAUCUAUGCCUAAAACAUGUCUAGAUACAUGUAAUAUUUCGACAACUAAUAAGGAUCGGAGGAAGUAAUAAUUUUGGUGCAUUUUUAGAA